CGGAGGCUCCACCCCCUGACGUCACUUCCAUAAACAAAGGGCGCAGUGGCGGCGCGGGGUCUGGGAUGUGACCCCUGCCGAAGGUGCUGCAGCUGCGGCGGUGGCUUCCGAGGCUUCGGGGUGUUUGCAGGUUGAGGACGAGGACAGAUCCCCGCUUUCCUCAGGUCAUAAGAAGCUGGCCUUGGUGCAAUAAGGAACUUAUUGCAAUGGAGGAGCGGAAAGUGAAGAGGAGAAGUCCUAAGUCUUUUAGUGCCCACUCUACUCAGGUUGUUAAUGCCAAAAAAAAUGCCAUUCCGGUUAGUAAAAGCACAGGGUUUUCAAAUCCUGCAUCACAGUCAACUUCACAGCGACCAAAGUUAAAAAGAGCGGUGAAGGAAAAGACAAAACCUCAGGGAGGGGAGGGAAAAGGAGCUCAGUCAACCCCGAUUCAGCAUUCCUUUCUCACUGACGUCUCAGACGUUCAGGAGAUGGAGAAGGGGCUUCUCAGCCUUUUGAAUGAUUUCCACUCUGGGAAACUUCAGGCCUUUGGAAAUGAAUGUUCCAUUGAACAGAUGGAACAUGUUCGGGGAAUGCAGGAGAAAUUAGCUCGCUUGAAUUUGGAGCUGUAUGGGGAGUUAGAGGAACUUCCUGAGGAUAAGAGGAAGACGGCUAGUGACUCUAAUCUCGAUAGGCUUCUUUCUGACUUAGAAGAAUUGAAUUCUUCCAUACAAAAACUGCAUUUGACAGAUGCACAAGACGUUCCAACUACUUCUACCAGCUAAAAUGAAAUGCAGUUGCUUUCUUGUGGUUUGAAGCAAAGCAGCAUUAUUUACUUUUCCAGCUGAAUCCAGCAGCAGAAUCAUCUCCCACAAUAAGGAAUUCAAGUAAUUAAAGUGCAACUGUAAUGAUUUUCUCAUAACUGCUUGUGGUAAACUUGACUUGCUGUAAUUCACCAUAACUGGAGGCUAGGCCUUGUGGAAGGCUUAGUCAGGAAACAUGAUACACAGGUUGUGCUGCUCUGCUUAUUAUUGUUGCCUUCUGGGUUAUACUUGAAAUGCAUUGUGCUAAAUGUUGUUGAUAGGGCCGAGGGAUUGUCCUUCCUGAGCUCACCAAGCUUACUCCACUGUUGAUGUAAGUUGGUGAUGCCCAGGCUUUUUGUGGCAGCCCAGCUUCAGUUUACGUCAGACAAUCAUACACACACUGGUGUGUUUGCCAAUGGCCAGUGGUAACAAAAUGUGAAAUGAGUAUUUGUGAAAUUUGCUAUUUUUAAUAAAGUGAUUGUUUUAAAUU